UCUCAUCUCCUCUCCUACUCAUCUCUCUCCCUCUUUGUUUCCUUGUUUCCACAUAACAACUCUUACAAGAAUCUUCUUCAAAAACUCUUUAAGCCAUGGCAACUGUUGUAUAUCAAGGGUAUCAAUCUCAUUUUGAGUCUCAACACUUUGAGCCAAGAGCUCUAAGACUCAGACUCUCUUCUCCUAACAAUCCCCACUCAUCCACACCUCUCAAACCCCUUUUUCUUGACUCAUCCAUCACUCCACAAGACAACAUCUCUACCACUAAUGCAGCCUCCUCGCCAGCUCCUAAGCCGAACUCUAACUCCAAGUCUUGUAGCUUCCUCGAGACAAUCACAAACUCGAACUCUGAUGAUAAAGACAAGAAGCCAUUACUACCCUACGUUCAUUCCCCAUCUUCUCGUAGAACUCUCAGCGAUGAGAGCUUAGCAUUGUGCACUGAAAGCCUCGGUAGCGAGACGGGCUCUGAUGUUAUUACCGAUCAAGAUUUGUUCUCGGUUUCAUCCGAAUUACAAACCAUGGAGACUAAAACGUCAACCACCACAUCAAGAACAUCAAUACAAGAGAGGAAGAGGAAUGCAAUGGCUUCAUUUCCACCUCCUUUGACAAGUAUGAGAGGUUUUGAUUGCAUUCAAGUCAAGUCCCACCGUGAAAAUGGAAGAUUGGUAAUGUCGGCAAUGAAACCUCAGCCCCGGGAUAGAUGCUUACAGGACCGAAGUAAUGGCUGCGUCAGACUCGCGUUCUUGAUUGAAUCUGAUGACUAUACAGAGACCAAAGAAGAAGAAGAAACUAUUGAGAUAGAGAGAGAUAAUGAAGAAGAGGUUCCAGAGAACGAGGAAGAGGUUGAACAAGAAGAAGAAGAAGAAGAAGAAACCGAAGUGAUGGUUAUUGAGAAGAUUCAAAGAUCAAAUAGAUGUCAUGAAGGGGAACGAGAAAACAGAGGAUUUCUAACGUGGGAAUCUUUAUGUGUUGCCACUUCUUAAAAAAAACAAUAUAUCUAAUCUCUUUGUGAUCACAGUUUCACACACUUUUUUAUUUUAUUUCAUGCAUUGUAUUUUUGUUUUUGUAUAAAUAACAAGCGUUUCUCUUUUUAAUCACUCUCUAUGGUUAAAGAUUAAAUCACUGACAAAGACCUUG